AUGAGUUCCCCCACAUGGUCUGUCUACGAGGGUGGAUGGGGAGAAGUUUCUGAGGAUAAUAAUGAUAGUCUUCCGCCGGAACUUUCACUAAAGGGAUGUGGGUUACGCCGUGUUUCUCUCUUACAGCGGGGUGCACAGGGUGCUGUUUAUAUUGCCGAAGAUGCAAACAAUCAACUUUUUGCCGUGAAAAGACUCUUUACACAACGCAGCGAUUUUGGUAUUCGUGGAAUCUCUGAAAAUGCACUACGAGAAGUGACAUUACUUUCACUCAUUGCCAAGAAAUCUUUACGAAAUGAUGAUGAUGAUGAUGAUGUGAAGCGUGAAUUUGGGAUAGUACAUCUAUACAAAGUUGUAGAAGCACCUUAUCAUGAGCUUUGUCUCGUUAUGGAAAUGUGUCCACUCGAUCUCUCACAAAUAGUAAUUCAAAAGAAAAGAAAACUACAUAGUACCCGUCUUUUAUCUACAGAUUCCUCUAUACGAUGUCCUAUUUUAGCAAAUGUAAAUGUUAUUCAAUAUCUUAUGAGAGGAAUUCUUCAUAUUUUAAAAUAUCUUCAUGAUGAUUGUCAUAUCAUUCAUCGUGAUGUUAAACUUAGUAACUUUCUUCUUCACGAAGAUGGACGUAUUCGAUUAACGGAUUUUGGUAGUGCUCGUUUAAUGCAUGAUGAAGAAGAAUUAUCAUCUAAUCCUUCUUCUGGUGAAUAUACCCCCUCUGCUAUUCGAACUACAAUAAUUUAUGAAGCUCCAGAGUGUCUUUUGGGUAAUCGGGUUUAUACAUCUGCAAUAGAUAUAUGGGCAGCUGGUGUUGUAUUUGCAGAGUUAGUUCUUCAGCAGCAUCUAUUUAAGAGUCGUAGUGAAUUGGCAGUACUUUCAGAUAUUUGGAAACUCCUCGGUACACCACCAGAUGACCCAAGUACUACUAAUACUAAUACUACUAAUGGUAGUAGUAAUAAUAGUGAAAGUUCCGUCACCUACUUGGUACGUACGGAGCCAACUCUUUCUACAAAGUUUCCUGAAAACAUUUUACCCGCAGAAGGACUGGAUUUACUUCAACGCAUGUUAGAGCUAGAUCCCAAGAAGCGUAUUACGGCCUCUGCAGCAUUAUCUCAUCCAUUCCUUAAUAGUACACAUAAUAACUGUGAAGAAGGCAGACGUCUUUGGCAGACAAAAUCGCAGACAUCUGCACAAGAGGUGGAGAAAACUGUCACUGUUGGAAUGCAGGCACUUUGUAUGCCCGAUGAUAGCUUUAAUGAGAAUGAGGAUGAUAGUGAGCAAAACGAAGAAGAUCACUACCGUUUCUUUUGA